AUGGGAGAAACCCGACCCGGAGAUAAGAUCCGACGAGGGUCGAUUCGACCUAUUAAAGCAGAUUUAGAGCUCUGCGGUGAGCAAGGAUACAAUGAUGAAUAUGUGAGCGUCUAUUUCAAAUUCAAAGGGGAUAUCUCUUGUGUAACCUUGAAGACAACAGUGGAGGAUAUAAGUUUGGCAAUGCUAGAAGAAAAGUUGUAUAAAAAGCUUGCGUUGGAUGAAAGUAAGGUAAAACUGGCAUUGAAGUGCAUGCCGAUGGUGUAUGGAUCUGAAGAACAGCAAAUUAUUCGUGAUGAUGAUUAUCUGUUUGGUUUCCUAACAACCGUUGAUAAAGACAACCGUAGAUCUCUUUUGUUAGUGGAGGAGACGAGUAGAUCAGAUCAGUUAGAGAAGUUGUUGAGAGUGGGCAUAAGUUCGUUUGGUAUGAACUACGAAGUGUUGCAGGGAAAUGAUGAUGUUUAUGAUGAAAUUGGACUGAAGGCCAUAACUCUGUAUGUAGAAAAUGGUCAAGCAAAUCAACAGAAGGAUCCGAUAGAUGCAGAGAAUGAUUUUAUGGAUACGGACACCGCAGCGGAGACAGACACUGCAGCAGAGACAUACACUGCAGCAGAGACAGACACUGCAGCAGAGACAGACACCGCAGCUGAAAUAGACACAGCAGCUGAAACGGACACAGCAGCUGAGACGGACACCGCAACUGAGACGAACACCGCAUGUGAGACGGGUAUGGCUGCAGAUAAGUAUGUUGAGCAGCCACCUAUAAAAAAAGGUAGUCAGGUUAUAGAGGCUUGGGAAGACGGUUUGGGUCUGUAUAAGCUGCAGGAGUUUCCAAGUAAGAAAGCACUUCAAGAGGUGGUCGAUAGAGCUGCAUUUGGUGAAUGCUUUCGUUAUGUUAUCAAAAAGUCUGACCGGAGACGAUUGGUGUUAAAAUGUUGUGAAGCAACUUGUAAGUGGAGUUUACGAGCUGCAAAGAUUUCAGAGACUGAAAUUUUUUCAGUUAGGAGGUACACGGGUGUGCAUACAUGCUCUUGGUCUAAUCAAAGUAAAAGCAGCAACAUCAAGAGGAAAGGCUCAGCAGAAUUAGUUGCAACUUUUCUGAAUGAGGAAUAUCCUGGAAAACUAAAUACUCCUGUUCCGAGAGAUAUCAUGGAUCUUAUAAAAUUAAAACUUGGUGUAACAAUAUCCUACUCGACAGCCUUGAGAGGGAAAAAUCUAGCUAUUUCUGAGUUGCGUGGUGGUUCGGAAGAGAGCUACAAGAUGCUAUGUAGCUACUUGUAUAUGUUAGAGCAUGUCAAUCCGGGAACAAAAACAGGGGUGAAGUUGGAUGAGGCAAAUAAGUUCAAGUACCUCUUCGUAGCUCUGGGAGCUUGUAUUGAAGGUUUUGCAGCCAUGAGGAAGGUGAUAGUUGUCGAUGCCACAUUUCUGAAGAAUGGAUAUGGUGGUGUACUAGUAUUUGCUAAAGCUCAAGAUCCUAAUCAUCACCAUUAUCCGCUUGCGUUUGGUGUACUCGACGGUGAGAAUAAUGCUAGUUGGACAUGGUUUUUCGAGAUGCUCAAAACUGCUAUACCAGACUCUUCUGAAUUAGUAUUUAUGAGUGAUAGAAACCAGAGCCUAAUCGCGGCUGUAGCUAAUGUGUUUCCACAAUAUCACCAUGGCCAUUGUAUAUGGCAUUUGUCUCAGAAUGUGAGAGGGCAUGCUUGUAACACAACCAAAGCCGUAGUCGCAUGGAGAUUUAUGGAGUUGGCUAGGUGUUACACGGUGGCUGAGUUCGAGUCUGCUUACGCAUCUUUUAAGGUGAGAUUUCCUCCAGCGUACAAGUAUUUGGAGGAGCAUACGGAUAAACGCACAUGGGCUCGGGUUUAUUUCCCAGGUGUGAGAUACAACUUGGACACUAGCAACAGUGUGGAGUCAAUGAACAGCGUCUUUAGGGACGCCAGGAGGUAUGCUUUAAUACCAUUGUUGGAUACAAUCAUAAAAAAGUUUUCAGACUGGUUCAAUGAACAUCGGAAGGACUCUGUGGCUGGGUCGAUUGAUACCAAACUGGUUCCUCUUGUCGAGAUUCACUUGCAUAACCUAUGGAGCACAGCUGAGAAAACACCAGUGCGUGAGCUUAAUAGUUAUGAGCUUGAGUACGAGGUAACCGACAAUGAAAAUGGGAAGAAUUAUGUUGUGAACUUGAUAGAGAAGAGCUGUAGCUGCAAGGUGUAUGAUUAUAAAAAGUAUCCUUGUCUGCACGGACGUGCUGCUUACUUAUAUUUCCUUGAGGUUGAAGCUGCUCCUUGUCAUCGACAUGAUGUCAAGAUAGAGUAUCAUGAGUUGUGCUCGAAAUAUUACUGGACGGAACUUUGGGCAUUGGUGUGUGAGAGUCUAGGGGAGUACCAAUUGAUAAAGGAGAUGCCUCACUUGCUUGGUGUGUGA